ACUGACAGCAGCCCCGCCCCGCCCCGCCGCUCGCACAGCGCUCCCGCACACCGCCUAUCCCGCUAUCACGGCGCCGGCGGCCAGGCACUGACCCAGCACAAGGACAAUUCCAGAGGGUCACAGGCCGGGGCCCCGCAAUGUGUCCCACCAUUACUGCGCCAUGGCGGCCGCCAGCCAAUCAGAAGACUGCUUGUGGAAGGAGCCGUCCAAUGGAGCUGAGCGGGGCUGUGUGAGUGGCAGUGAGGGGGGGAUACAGGGAGCUGGACCAAGAAUGAAGUUUACUAACUACAGUGCUGGGAUAGGAACAAGUUAAUGGGCUUCCUCAGCUCGCACUUACCGCUGUGUAUCACCCAGGCGCUUCCUCACCGGGGCCGGAGCUGCGCUCCACAGGACACAAGGCAAUGAGGGUAACACUGUAUCCGGCAUAUGAGGCCCUCUGACCUGACACUGACACGCCGGCCACCCUGUACUUGUCCUGGAAUGACACGAGUUUCUGUACUGGACAAAAGAAAAACUGACCGUAUCAGCAAAGUCUCCAGAAAAGCCUCCAUACCUGGAUAUCACAGUUCUGUGGAUUCGCCGUUACUUACCUGCCAGUAACCAUUGCCUUACAUCAUUAUUAGAAUUAGUGUCUGAGGCUGCCUAUUUCUCCCCUUACAUGCUCAUUGCUUAGGAAAAAGGAGCUGAUGUUAUCUGUCACCCUUAUUGAUGAUUCUGUGGAGUUACAUAUACGCCAAUAAAGGGUUAGUACAUAGCCAUGAAGGAGAAGUCCAAGAACGCUGCCCGGACUAGGCGGGAGAAAGAGAACAGCGAGUUCUAUGAACUGGCCAAGCUGCUGCCCUUGCCCUCUGCCAUCACCUCCCAGCUGGACAAGGCGUCUAUCAUCAGACUGACAACCAGCUAUUUAAAAAUGAGAGUGGUCUUUCCUGAAGGGCUUGGAGAAGCCUGGGGCCAUUCCAGCAGGCCCAGUUCCUUGGAUAAUGUAGGUCGAGAGCUGGGAUCUCAUCUUUUGCAGACCCUAGAUGGUUUCAUCUUUGUGGUGGCACCCGAUGGGAAAAUCAUGUAUAUCUCUGAAACGGCUUCAGUUCACCUGGGCUUAUCACAGGUAGAAUUGACUGGGAACAGCAUCUAUGAGUACAUUCACCCAGCUGAUCAUGAUGAGAUGACUGCAGUCCUCACAGCCCACCAGCCCUACCAUUCCCACUUUGUCCAGGAAUAUGAGAUAGAACGUUCUUUCUUCCUACGGAUGAAGUGUGUGCUGGCAAAAAGGAACGCAGGGCUGACCUGUGGGGGGUAUAAGGUGAUUCAUUGCAGCGGGUACCUCAAGAUCAGGCAGUACAGUCUGGACAUGUCUCCUUUCGAUGGCUGUUACCAGAAUGUAGGCUUGGUUGCUGUUGGCCACUCCCUUCCUCCCAGUGCAGUCACUGAGAUCAAACUCCAUAGCAAUAUGUUCAUGUUCAGAGCCAGCCUUGACAUGAAGCUCAUAUUUCUAGAUUCCAGAGUUGCAGAGUUAACUGGAUAUGAACCUCAAGAUCUGAUUGAAAAGACAUUGUAUCAUCAUGUCCAUGGAUGCGACACAUUCCACCUGCGGUGUGCACAUCACUUAUUGCUGGUGAAAGGACAGGUCACGACUAAGUACUAUCGGUUCCUGGCUAAACAUGGCGGUUGGGUGUGGGUGCAGAGCUAUGCUACGAUUGUGCACAACAGCCGAUCCUCCAGACCCCACUGUAUUGUCAGUGUGAAUUAUGUGCUUACAGAUACAGAAUACAAAGGACUGCAACUAUCAUUGGAUCAAGUAACCACAAAGCCGACAUUCUCUUAUGCAAGUUCAAAUCCAGCCAUAAAUGACAGUAGGAAGGGCAGUAAGUCACGUCUUCCUAGUACAAAGUCAAAACCUAGGACAUCGCCAUACCCGCAGUAUUCUGGAUUCCACACAGAAAGAUCUGAAUCAGACCAUGACAGUCAAUGGGGUGGUAGCCCUCUAACUGAUACCACAUCACCACAACUUCUGGAUCCAAUAGAAAGACCAAACUCCCAGCAACAUGAUGUAUCCUGUGCAUAUCGACAGUAUCCAGAAAGAAGUGCCCUCUGUUUUGGAUUUGCCCUUGACCACUCAAGAUUAAAUGAUGAAAGACACCAUCAUAGUCAGUCUUGUGACAGUGGUAGAUGUGAAGCUGGUAGAUACUUUCUUGGAAGUCCACAAACUGGCAGGGAGACAUGGUGGGGUUCUCGUUCAGCUCUUCCUGUGCCAAAAUCUUCCCCAGAAAGCAGAGAUGGUUAUGAGAACUCCAUGCCACAUAUAACUUCAGUUCAGAGAGUCCAUGGGAGAAGUCAUUGGGAUGAAGACAGUGUUGUCAGUUCUCCGGAUCCUGGUUCCGCAAGUGAAUCAGGAGAUCGUUAUCGUACUGAGCAAUAUCAAAACAGUCAUCAUGAACCAAGCAAAAUUGAAACUCUUAUACGUGCAACUCAACAAAUGAUUAAAGAGGAAGAAAAUAGGUUACAGAUACAUAAAUCUAGUCCAGAUCAAUUAACGUCUAUUAACGGAGCAGCAAAAAGAAAUUCAGUUUGCUUUGCAAAUUACCAACAACCCCAAUUAACUGGAGUCGUGUGUCGUGGCCCUUCCGUUACUAACACUUCUCCCUGUGACCAUCUACAGCAAAGGGAUGGAAAAAUCCUGAGCCCACAUGACAAUGAAUUUGAAAACAGUCCUACAACCCUGUCCAGGAUAAACAGUCCGAAUUCUGAUAGAAUUUCUAAAACAGGAGUAACUAUAGCAAAAGACUAUUUACAUACAAAUGUAUCCCCUCAACAAACAGCUGAACACUCUGCAUCACCAAACUACUACAGUGCCCACCGUCCAUAUUUUGAUAAGCAUGCUUACACAUUUACUGGAUAUGCUCUUGAACAUCUAUACGACACUGACUCUAUUAGAAACUACUCUUUGGGCUGUAGUGGAUCACACUUUGAUGUGACUUCUCAUUUAAGAAUGCAACAGGAUCCUACCCAGGUGCACAAGGGCACCUCAGUUAUAAUAACAAAUGGCAGCUGAUGACUUUCUUUGACAUAUCAUCUGCACCAUAAUCUUUACAAUGGAAUUAAAAUAAGUCUUUUUCAUGCCAUUACAAUCAGCAUCUGAAGAAUUACUGUGCACUGGAUGUAACCGCAAAGAGAGUCUAGGUUUGGAUUUCAUAUUUAUAACACUGUUACAUAAGAGAAUGUUAAGGAAACUGUACAUGUCAUAUGUCUAAUUCUAGCCAGUUGCGUGGGCUUUUUAAAAAUAGGAAUUAAUUGUUGUUCAAAUGCUACAGGUUUUUGCUAAUUAUACUUGCAUGUACAUAAAGACCCUUUUUCCAGUAAAAUAAAAAAUAAAUAAAAAAUAAAUAAAUAAAACAGAGAAAACAAAAUCCCCUAAAACUAUGCACAUAGAACUUGAAGAAAAGUUGAAUGUACAACGCAACUUUAUGUAUACACAUGCACAAAUGCACAUGAUCUUUAUAUGUUUAUGAUAUGAAAAAACAGCAUUAAUACAAAAUACAUUUGUUACUUUAUUCAUCAUUCUAUGUUUGCUUACAUUACAUUUCCAGCCUCUUCUUAUAUUAAGGGCACAGUUACUGAAUAUUAAAUAAAUAUUAAUAAUAAAAACAUACUGCUUGUUUUUAUACGUUCCCUUACCAUACUAUCACUGUGGCUUUCAUAAUGAUGAUGUAAAAUUGCUCUUAAAUUCACUGUAGAAAUGUUUUUGUGCAAAAUUUGAUGCAGGUUGACUAAACUGAAUGCAAAUGACACCUGGAGACCUGAUAUUUAAUUUAUUUCUAUACUAUGUAUUUCUCACUAUAAGAUAUAUUUCCCUAAAAUUGGAACAACAAUUCUCUUGUUUCAUGCUUGUUCAAAUAGGCUACGUUUAAUUUUAGAAGUAUUUUAUGCUAGUAUGCAAAACAAUGGGACAUCUGCAUACAAAAGAACUCAUUGUGUUUGAAAUUCUUCAUCGAAAUAAUCAGGGGAAAAACAUUCCAAAUAUCUUGCAAAGCCUAUGUUAUUAUUACAGUCACUUAAAAUAAUUGUGUUUUUUGGCAAAUGGGCUGGACAGAAUGAAUAAAAUAGGACUUAGAUUACAUGUCUAUGCACUGGAGUGUUUUUCUUGCCUUUUGAAGGUUUUAAAGCCUGUGAUUUUUCUUGAAUUUAGCCAUAGUUGUCCAAUUCGUGGGUACCAAUAUUUAGGUUCCAGUUUGCAGUUUCUUUGGUAAAUUAUCUGAUAAGAAUUAAUUAAUUACUUGGACAUCUGUAAUAGGAUGAACAACUAACACUAAGCAGACUAGUGAGCACUACCUAUUGUAACAGUCUUGUAAUGUCAGAGUCUCCUUAAAAAAUAAUUGCCUUUGUUUAAAGAACAAUGUGUCUAACUAUAUUGUUCAUACAGUAUUUAUGCAGUAAACUAAGACUCAUGGUCCAAUCCUAUCACUUUUUGCCUGCACUUAAUAAAAGGACCAGUGUUUUAGCUUAAUUUAUGUAUGCCCAAAUUGGAUUAGAUUACUGGUUUACUUUAGUCAUCAUUAAUGUUUCUUUACACAGUUGAAAACUGGCCACUCACACAGAUAGCUGUCAUUUUGCAAUACCAUUUACCAAUAUGUCAGUUAAUAAUUUAAUUUCUUGAAGAUUUUUAUUGGGCAUAAUGGUUACUUUCGAUUGCAUAACUGCUCAAAAAAUAGCUGUAAUAUUUUUUCAGCAUGCAUGCUCAGUAUAACUGGCCUUUGCUAUUAAAUAUAACUUGCAUUUCACAUAUGAUUAUUAAUUUAAUCAUAUAUUUUUAGUUGAUUGGUGUUUUAUUUUAAACAGCGAUAUUUCUACCAGAAUAGAAUGUUCUAUAGCAAUCAACAUGCUUUUAAAUGUAAUGACAUGUUGAGGUGUUCGAAAAAAAAGAAUCAAGCACAUACAAUAACAUUGGUGGAAAAAACAAUAUGUCCAAGUAAACAUAAAUUGGAUUCUUUUGUAACCAAGAUAUAUGCAUUUUCUUAUUUGCAUUUCAGCACCUGAAAGUAACCUAUGUUAAAUUAAGUUGUGAAGUAUGUGGAGGCACAGUGUAAUGUCUUAAGAGCUGCAUGAAAAUUGUUUCAAGUAACAUCUGAGUACUAAAGUAAUUUAAUUCUCCUUGCCAUUAUAAUGGGGUAAAAAAGGAAAAUAUUUUAUUAUGGCUCAAAUUAUUGUUAGAAUUUAACUUCCAUUAAAUAUUUAUUAUUCAGCUGAACGUAUGUGUCAUUGCUUCAGUAUAUUAUAAAGCUGUUUGGUCAUUUAAAAGAAAUUAUUAAAAACACAUCUGACAAUAUUCAUCAUUAUUAAUAAAAGUUAAUUUAAGAUGCCUUUUUGUUUAAUUCCUUGCUCUGGCAAGCAUGUCAAUUCUGUUUGUAACUCAACUGCAGUGAAGCUUUUUAAUUUUAUCUUUAGCAUUCUGUUCUGUACACGUCAUCUCUGGUUUGUUACCAAAUUUGGAGAGCUACUAGUGCUUGACUAAGUCUAUAUGUUUAAUCCAUGGCAAUUCCAGACUAUGAAAAUAUACUACCUAAAAUACAAUACUAUACACAUAACAGGUGCACAUUAUACAAAAUAAGAAGUAUAAUUUGUCUCUUACAAAAUACAUUGUUAAAUAUAAUCAUAUGAAAAAAAAUGUAAAUAAGAGAUUACCUUGAAAUUAUUUUAUGAUGCACCUUCAAAUAAAUGCUUUUUUUUCCGAUUGGUAUUAAUACAAUAAUACAACAAGACUCUGCAGCUUAGAUUAUUUUUAAAUGCGUUUUUGGGAGGAAAAAUAAUGGGUUUUAAGUAUUGUCUGCUAUAAUAAAUAGUGGACACAAUUAGCAGUGGACAGCACUUUAAAAUCAAAGGUGUGUUUACAUUGGAUAUAAAAUGGUGUCUGACAUUAGCAAAUGAAAAUAAUUCAACCUGUUAUGUUUGCUUUUAUGACUGGUGCCCCUAAAUCACAUUGAAAUAUUUAUGAGAUUGGAUGUGCAGCCUCAAAUGUCAGAACUGACAUGCCUUGCAAUGUAUAUCUCUAGUGACAUUGUACAGUAUUAUCUGUAACUUGAAGUAAUCUUUUGCAAUGUAAUGUAGGAAACAUGACUAAACUAUGUCAAUGAUAUCUUGCAAAGUAUUCCCAUUUAUAAUUAUUUAUAUUGUACAUAGCUUUC